UGUGAAGUGUGAAGACGUGCUAUCAUGGAGCAGCAGGCAAAGGCGCCGCAAGACAUCCGGAAUGUCGUCAAUUUUCUUCGUAAUAGCAAAGCAGGAAUCAAAAUACGCGUCGGGAUCCUCAACGGAAAGCGGAUAGACUACUUCAAAGGCAAAGCAGCGGUCAAGGCACUCACUUCCCCGGCAUACUCCAAGUUGAAAAAUGUACCCCCAAUCAAGUCCGAAGAAGAUGCCGUCAAAGUCCUCCAGUCCAUCCUUCCUUUCGCCUUUUUCCUUCGCGUCGAACGCGGCAACCCGUCCUCCUCAUCCAGCUCGCCCCGCAUGCUCAGCAUCACGCCGUCGCAGGCAUUGCAGCCUGCGCACUACUAUGCCUGGUUCUAUGAAGGGGCCCAGUGGACAACAUACGUUGGCGGCGUCGUAAUGGUCGCCGUCAUGCUCGCCGGUGUCAUGUUCCCUCUGUGGCCGCCCAUCAUGCGCAUGGGCGUGUCGUACCUCAGCAUGGGCGUGCUCGGGAUCGCAGGGCUGUUCAUUGCGCUCGCCAUUGUGCGGCUGGUAUUCUACAUCAUUACUAUCAUCGUCGCCAGUCCCGGUAUCUGGAUAUUCCCAAAGCUAUUUGCAGAUGUGGGAUUCGUGAGUACCCUAUGCUCCACCGCCUAUUCCCCUCCCACAUUCCCGCCCACCGAACUAACCACUCUUCUUCGCGCAGGUUGAAUCCUUUAUUCCACUAUGGGAGUGGGAUCUGCCGAAAAAGAAGGGGAAAAAGCGGCAUAUCGAGAAGGAGAA